AAGCAUCGCGCUGCGGGCAGUGCGGAACACAGCAUCAGAUACAGUUAAAAGCCCUCGAAAGUCCUCCAAAGUCUCAAGGGGUUUGGGGGCCAGACGCACCGAAGAUGCCGGUCCGGAGGGGCCACGUGGCUCCCCAGAACACUUUCUUGGACACCAUCAUCAGGAAAUUCGACAGUCAGAGUCGCAAGUUUGUCAUCGCCAAUGCUAGAGUGGAGAACUGCGCCAUCAUCUUCUGCAAUGACGGCUUCUGCCACAUGUGCGGUUACUCGCGUGCCGAGGUCAUGCAGAAGCCGUGCACGUGUAACUUCCUGUACGGACCUGACACCAAGCGGCUGGCCAUCGCCCAGAUGGCUCAGGCCCUGCUGGGAUCGGAGGAGAGGAAAGUGGAGAUCAACCUUUACCGCAAAGAUGGUCAGUGCUUCCCAUGUAUGGUGGACGUGGUGCCUGUGAAGAAUGAAGAUGGCAUGGUCAUAAUGUUUAUCCUCAACUUCGAGGGCAUGACAGAGGAACUACUCCUAGACCACAAACAGGAGCUCAACCACCGCCUGCCCACCUGGCUCGUCAUCGGUCGUCCACGAGGCUUCAAGCUGCGUCUUCCCCUGCUGCGCUCGUUGUCCAACAGCAAAGUGUCUCUGGACGACAUCCCCACUGCUACACCUGUGCUGCACCCACAACACCAUUUAGGCCUCGGGGAGUUCCGGCCUCUUCCCUCCUUACAGCUUGAUCACCGGGAGCAAAUUAUUGGCACCAAGUCAGCCCUACAGAGUUGGGCGGAAGCGCAACAGGAGGACCAGCGCACCUUACUGGGCCCCGACCCUCCUGCACCCAGUCAUUAUCCUCCUCCACCUCCACAGAGAGCUCACCUGGUGGAUGCGCUGACCCAGUCCUCCUCCUCCUGUGUGGCGCCUCACCACCGCCUCAGCCUGAACCUGGACGGCUCGGGCUCCAACUGCUCACUGUCGCGUAGCCGCUCGCGCGAGAGCGUCCACAGCAUGCGUCGUGCCUCCUCUGUCGACGAGAUCGAGGCCCUGAGGCCCGACUGGGACCGCAAGAACUGCAGAGGGAGUGUCCCCCCAGGCACAGUUAACAGCAAGUCAAAGAUAUUGAACUCUACGUCAGACUCGGACCUCAUGCGAUACCGCACCAUCUCCAAAAUCCCUCACAUCACCCUCAACUUUGUGGAUUUCAAACCGGACCCACUCAUCGCCCUACCCAGCGGGGAGAUGGACAUCAUAUCUCCGUGCAAACUCAUCGACCGGACGCACCAUGUCACAGAGAAAGUCACUCAGGUGCUGUCUCUCGGUGCAGAUGUGCUGCCAGAAUACAAACUCCAGGCCCCGCGCAUCCACAAGUGGACGGUGUUGCACUACAGCCCCUUCAAGGCAGUGUGGGACUGGCUAAUCCUGCUCCUGGUCAUCUACACCGCCAUCCUGACUCCCUACUCGGCCGCGUUCCUCCUCAAUGACCAGGAAGAGGCAGCCAUGCAGAGUUGUGUUUACUCCUGCUCUCCUCUGAAUGUGGUGGACCUCAUAGUGGAUAUCAUGUUCAUUAUUGACAUCCUCAUCAACUUCAGAACAACAUAUGUGAACAAUAACGACGAGGUGGUAAGCCACCCGGUGCGCAUCGCCGUCCACUACUUCAAGGGCUGGUUCCUCAUCGACAUGGUGGCUGCUAUUCCCUUUGACCUGCUCAUCUACCGCAGCGGGGAGGAGACCACCACUCUGAUUGGUCUAUUGAAGACCGCUCGUCUGCUGCGACUGGUGCGCGUGGCAAGAAAGCUGGAUCGUUACUCGGAGUACGGGGCAGCUGUCCUCUUCCUCCUCAUGUGCACCUUCGCCCUCAUCGCUCACUGGCUGGCCUGCAUCUGGUAUGCUAUCGGUAGUGUUGAGAGGAACGGCUCCAUCGGCUGGCUCCACACGCUGGGGGACCAGUUGGGAAAGACCUACAACAGCUCCAUCCUAGGUUCAGGACCCUCCAUCAAAGACAAGUACGUUACAGCCCUGUACUUCACCUUCAGCAGCCUGACCAGCGUGGGUUUUGGAAACGUGUCCCCCAACACCAACUCUGAGAAGAUCUUUUCCAUCUGUGUCAUGCUCAUCGGAUCCCUGAUGUACGCCAGCAUCUUUGGAAAUGUGUCCGCCAUCAUCCAGCGGCUGUACUCUGGAACGGCCCGUUACCACACCCAGAUGCUGAGGGUGCGGGAGUUCAUCCGCUUCCACCAGAUCCCCAACCCGCUCAGGCAGAGGCUGGAGGAGUACUUCCAGCACGCCUGGUCCUAUACCAACGGCAUCGACAUGAACGCUGUGCUGAAAGGUUUCCCAGAGUGUUUGCAGGCAGAUAUCUGCCUCCACCUGAACCGGACAUUGCUGCAGAACUGUAAGGCCUUCAAAGGCUCCACCAAGGGCUGCCUCAGGGCGCUGGCCAUGAAGUUUAAGACCACCCACGCACCGCCAGGGGACACGCUUGUCCACGCUGGGGAUGUCCUCACGGCCCUCUACUUCAUAUCCAGGGGGUCCAUAGAGAUACUGAGAGGAGAUGUGGUGGUAGCCAUCUUGGGUAAGAACGACAUCUUCGGCGAGCCAAUCAACCUGUACACCCGACCGGGUAAAUCCAAAGCCGAUGUGAGGGCACUCACUUACUGCGACCUGCACAAGAUCUUCAGAGAGGACGUUUUGGAGGUGCUGGACAUGUAUCCGGAGUUUGCGGACCACUUCUGGAACAAUCUGGAAAUAACCUUCAACCUCCGAGAUACAAACAUGAUCCCUGGCUCCCCGAGCAGCGAUGACUCCAACUGUGGGGGGUUCAAUAAGUUACGCAGACGCAAGUUAUCGUUCCGAAGACGUACAGAGAAAGAUGAUGCAGACGCUGGAGAAAUCAAAAAGUCUGUUCGGAGUAGACAGGAAGCUCCAGGCAACCAAAACCUGGAGGGGGCCCCCAAGCGGCAGUGGCAGGCCCAUCAAAGCUCGCUGUCUUCUCACUCCAGCGGCAACGAGGGGGCAGGGUCAAUCGUGACCAGACUCGCUCCGCCGCCGGCAGGGCUGGAGAGUCCGCAUGCUCAGGCCACGUUCAGAAGCUUCAGUGAAAACACGGAGGCCGACCAAGACCCCCAGACCGGGAACACCUGCAACGCUCUGUCGGGUGCCUUCUCAGGCGUGUCCCACAUCUUCAGUUUCUGGGGGGAGAGUCAGGGAGGCGGUCAGUACCAGGAGGUUCCCAGCUGCAGCCUGACCUCCCCCCCAACUCUCGGCACACCGCUGCACAGCUUGAGCCGGCGGCAGCACAACCAGCUGGACUCGCGCCUGGACCUGCUGCAGAGACAGCUCAACCGGCUGGAGAGUCGCAUGUCGAUGGACAUUGGAGCCAUCAUGCAGCUGCUGCAGAGGCAGAUUGCCCUGGUUCCUCCCGCGUACAGCGCCGUCUCAUCGCCGCCACAGAUUUUGGAUUCACAGCACUUCAAUGACUUCCCAGUCAAGACCCUCCUGCAGCCCCAGGACACCUCGCUGAUUAACCCUAACCAGUGCCCCCCUGGCCUGGACGAGCUGGAGCCUGAUCUUGAAACCCAAAGGAGGUUGUCACUCCAGGAGCCACAAACCUCUUUGGACUCCUGGACACCACAGAGACACCGCUCCGACCCAGGGGGGAGCUAAAGAAGAGGUGAAAGGGAGGUGGUGGGUAAAUGGAAGGAGGGAUACAGAGAGAUUCCACUGUUUGAAAGAGGGCCAACCACCAGAACCCUUUAGGGCGCCCAGACACUGGACCUUCACUGCUAAUAUUUCACCUCUGAAAUUGGACACUCUGGGUGGUCAAGGUCCUUCCUUUUUCUCUCUCCUGCAAGUCCCCCCCCCCCC